UGGACUCAGCGGAAACCUCCCUGUUGAACAAACUGAUCCGCACGUCCCUCAUGGAAUCCAGCCACUGCGUGGAGAUCCUGCAGCAAGACCCCAGCUCCCCGCUCUUCUCUGUCAAAACCUUCGAAGAGCUGCCCCUGAAGAAGGAGCUCUUGUGGGGGAUUUACAUCACGGGCUACAACAGACCAUCCAAAAUCCAGGAGACGGCUCUGCCGAUCAUGCUGGCGUAUCCGCCCCAAAAUCUGAUUGCCCAGAGCCAGUCAGGGACAGGGAAAACGGCAGCUUUUGUCUUGGCGAUGUUGAGCAGAGUUAAUGCCGCCGAGAAAUAUCCACAGUGCCUCUGCUUGGCUCCCACCUACGAACUGGCCCUGCAAAUCGGGCACGUGAUUGAGACGAUCGGGCAGUUUUGUGCCAACAUCAAGGUUACGUACGCUGUCCGGGGAAAUCGAGUUUUGCAGGGCACAGCGCUGGAGGAACAGAUCAUCAUUGGGACUCCGGGGACGAUGCUGGACUGGUGUUUCAAACGGAGAGUCAUAGACAUAAAGAAAAUCAACAUGUUCGUGCUGGAUGAAGCUGACAUCAUGAUCGAUUCGCAGGGCCUCUCCUAUCAAAGCAUUCGCAUUCAGAGGGCUUUACCCAAGAGCUGCCAGAUGCUGCUGUUUUCAGCCACUUUCAAGGAAACGGUGCGAGCGUUCGCCGUGCAAAUCAUCUCCAACCCCAUCGUGAUAAAACUGCGUGAGGAAGAGCUCACCCUGAGCACCAUCAAGCAGUACUUCUUCGUCUGCAAAAGCAGGGAGGAGAAAUACAGAGCCAUCUGCAACAUUUACGGCAGCAUCACCAUCGGUCAGGCUAUGAUUUUCUGCCAGACUCGGCGGAGCGCGGACUGGUUGUCGGUGGAGAUGAGCCAGGACGGGCACCAGGUAGCCAUCCUGACGGCGGAGCUGACGGUAGCCCAACGGGCCGAUGUCAUCCAGCGCUUUCGCGACGGGAAGGAAAAAGUUCUCAUCGCCACCAACGUCUGCGCCAGAGGGAUCGACGUGCAGCAAGUCACCAUCGUGGUGAACUUCAGCCUCCCCACCGAUCAGAAGAACGAACCGGAUUUUGAGACAUACCUCCACCGUAUCGGACGAACGGGACGUUUUGGGAAGAAAGGCAUCGCCUUCAGCAUGGUGGAAAGCCAAAACGUGGGACUCGUAAAGAUGAUAGAGGAGCAUUUCCAGACCAAGAUCAAGCAGCUGGACCCGGAUGACAUGGAGGAACUCGAGAAACUUGAAAACUGA